AUGGACCUCGCACGUUAUUUCAGUUUACGGCGGAAGACUACCGACAGUCACGGCAGUGAGCAUACAGGACAUAGGAACAGGCGGACUUACCUGCCCCUCCUCGCAAAUCCCAUCAACGAGGAUGUCCUUGAAGUAGUGACGAACAAUUCCACAGACCUAGAAAAGACCAAUACUCACACCAGCACGUUCGACAGUUCGAAUGAUACGACCACACUUGCCGGAAACGGCAGGACAAGCCGCGGAAACAUCAUAAUUUACAAGCAACAUACAGAGGCUAGCACGAUAGAGCUUUUCUACGACCUCUUUUUCGUUGCCAACCUUGCAUAUUUCACGGCUAUGCAUCAACACACUGAUGCAGAGUCACUCAUUAACUACCUCAAACUUUUCACUCUGAUGUGGUUUACUUGGCUGAGCGUCACACUAUUCGACGUGCGGUUCAGUAUCGACUGUGUGUGGAAUCGGUUUCACAAAGCCAUACAGUUCGGCAUCUUCACUGGCUUUGUGUAUGCCGGUCCGGUCUUCGACAAGUACAGCACCAGUGGCGUUGAGAAGUCAUACCGGAACUUUGCCAUUGUACUCGUCAUCGGUAGAAUUGCGAUCGCUGUACAAUACGCUGUGGUUAUGUGGCAGGGUCGCAUGUUCCGUCAGACGUUGAUUCCUUUAGGUCUGAGCGCUGGCGUGCAUGCCGCGGCAGCAAUAGGCUAUGCCAUCACUAUGGUUGUCUUUCCUAGGGGUCGUGUUGGUCUUGAAGAGCAACUCGCAUGGGUGAUCAUAUCCAUUGUUGAAGGUCUUCUCAUCUUUCUCAUCGCCAUGAUAUGGCGGAUCAUCAGUUUCAAGUAUACCCAUCUAACGGAGCGGUUACAACUGCUUACCCUCAUCAUCAUCGGAGAAGGGAUCAUCGGGAUGGUGAAGAGCGUAGCAUGCAUUACGAAAGGUCAGACGAGCAAUAACAUGAGUGAGAUCGGAACCGUCAUUGCAGCUGUGCUUCUCUUGUACCUUUUGUGGAUGCUGUAUUUCGACCAGCUUUCUCACGAUCGCUUCGGAACUCUACGACAACAAGUGUGGGCUCUCUUACAUUAUCCGUUGCACUCAGCAAUUCUCUUAUGUGUCGAAGGUAACACGUCGCUGAUCGUAUGGAACUCUGCCGUCCAAGCUCUCAGAUGGAUAUGGUCCUUGAAGCCAAACGAUUAUUCCAAACCAGCGGAUGGCUACUCUGACACCGCUAGCUAUAUUGACUACCUCAAUCAGAGCAUGAUUGCAGUCAACGGUAGAUUCAAGAGCAAAUACUGGAACAUAACAUACAACUGGAACACCAACUUCACUGUUAUCGAGAACUACACUGCGACGUAUGGAUUCAAAUCGGACGAAUGGAACAACCGCACCGGCGACGUCGUUCGUUACAUGUUCGACAGGGCGCAAGUCUUUGUGUAUGAGGCACAUGCCGAUUCUCUAGCAAAACUCAACGCUGUGACAUCAACUACGACGAGUCCACAAGUCAAGCUGGACGCGGUAUCUGAUGUUUUCAACACCACUACAAUGCAGUUCUUCAUUGGUGCUGGCUGUGUAUUGCUGGUAUUGGCCAUCAUGUAUUGGUUCAACAAGAUACACAAGACGAAAUACGAAUUCGGCGAGAUCAUCAACAGAGUCGUCGUUGGCUUCACGCUCAUCAUUCUGGGAGUGUCUACUGUCAUUGCCGACAAGACAACCAACGGUUUCAAGUUCAAAGGGAGCCAUUGGAUAAUCCCAAUAGUGGUGCUGUUCUUCGCUGGUGUACUGUUCUUUGAUAAUAUCCUCUUAGUUGUCGCACACUACACGAGCCGCCAUCCACGCCACUCACAUCACCGCGAUGUCUCAUGGGGUAACAGAUCUCUGGCCGGCGACAGCGAUAACGAAACUGGUGGCCUCAUAUCAAAGUAUCCUAGCCGCGCACCAAGCCCCGGUGGCAUGCCCAAGAGCGCACCUCGUAGCAGAGGCCAUACACCAGCGCCUUCUUUGAACAGAGUCCACACCGCAUAUACGCUGUACUCAGACUCGCCGCCCCAGCCACGCGACUUCGCUGCAGGCCCAUCAAAUGGCAAGACUAGGGUGCCAAGUCAUAGUCCUGGUCCAGCUUUUGGGAGUGAUGUUACUCUUCGAGACGAAGGGAACUACAAUGGACAAGGCAAAGGCAGAGCUAACAUGGGUGACUUUUCGUACGAGAACACGCCUACCAGUGCUUUGUCUGACGGUCAAGGACUGGGCAUCGGCAUUGCGGUCCAUCGAGCUAGCACUCCAAGCCUCCACAGCGAUGCCGACAAGAACGGUAAUUUGAGCAGAAAACCAAGCAAGAGCAAUUUGAAGGAGAAGGCCAGUUGGAAGAGCUUGGGUGUCAUGAAUGAACAUGACUAUGAGGGUAAAGGGUAUGGUGAUGCAGGAUUGCAAGAACCGACACGCGCAAGGACGGUCAGUUUUGGGGAUCAUGGAAACCCUAUUUGA